CCCACUGCCCAGCGGCCCGGCAUAGGAUCCUCUCGCCCAGCCCGGCCUCGAACCCGCAGCCCCAGCAGCCAGUGGAGUGAAGCGCGCACGCAUCUGGGGAGGAGAUGGUGGAAAGCCAACACACUUUUCGCCCCAGUCCGCUGCCUCGCUUUGCGGUGCUCCACCCCGCCCCGCUUGUCUUUUCUCCCCGCCUCCGCCUCCGCCGCCGGCCUCCCCGGCCCGUAAACCCCCACCGCCCACCCGGCGAUGCCCUCGCGGCAGCCCCCGCCGCCCGCCCCGUCGCCGACCCCGGCCGCGGCCGCGGCGGUCGUCGUCGCCGACCUCCGAUCCCGCGGGGGGAGCCGCCGCCCCGCGUCCGCCGCCGCCGCGGGGGGCUCGGCCGCGGCGGCGCUGAUCUUGGUGGUCGCCAUCGCGCUGCUGCUGCUGCUGUGGCGGAGGCGGAGGCGGAGGCGGCGGAAGCUGGCCGUGGCGGCGGGGGCGCAGCCGGCGGCCGAGCUGCGGAGGCUGUCGUACCAGCAGCUGCGGCGCGCCACGGGGGGAUUCGCGGCGGGGAGCAAGCUGGGGCAGGGCGGGUUCGGCCCGGUCUUCCGCGGCGCGCUGCCCCGGUCGGGCCAGCCCGUGGCCGUCAAGGUCAUGGACGCCGCGGGGUCCCUCCAGGGCGAGCGCGAGUUCCACAACGAGCUCUCCCUGGCCUCCCACCUCCUCGGCUGCGCCGUCCCUGGGGCGCCGCCCUCCAUCCUCCUCCCGUUCGCCUACUCGCUCUCCGCGCAGCCGCGCCGCCGGAGGAUGAUGCUCGUGUACGAUCUCAUGCCCAACGGCUCGCUGCAGGACGCGCUGCUCGGGAAGAGGUGCCCCGACCUGGUGGCCGAGUGGCCGCGCCGCCUCGCCGUCGCCCGCGACAUCGCCUCCGCGCUCCACUACCUGCAUUCCGUCGUGCAGCCGCCCGUGAUCCACGGGGACGUCAAGCCCAGCAACGUGUUGCUGGAUGCGGACCUCCGCGCCCGCCUCUCAGAUUUUGGCCUCGCGCGGAUCAGGUCCGAAGAGGAGGAUGAGCUGGAGAGCGGUGCGAUUGGGGCCGAUGCGGAUGGGAAUGGCAAUCCUGGCGGUGGAUGUGACGAGGAUGUGUCAGUAGCCGGCGAGAGCGUGACUGCUAUCGUGGUCAACGGGGAAGACAAUGCUGCCAAGUCGCCGGAGGAUGAUGAGGCGUUCACCACAGCAUCUCCUGCAGAGGCCGCAUCCACUUCUGGAUGCGACAAGACUAGUGUUGGUAGCGGAUUAAAUGCCCGAAGCUGCAAUGGUGGAGGAGCUGCAGGAUCAGGAACUGGGAGUGAUUGGUGGUGGCGUCAGGACAAUGGCGGUGGUGGUGGCGGCGGCGGCGGCGUUAAAGACUAUGUGAUGGAAUGGAUUAGGUCUGAGAUUAAGAAGGAGCGGCCGAAGAAUGAUUGGAUUGCAGGAUCAUCUGCAAUCACCCCUGUUGUUUCAACGGAGAGGAAGAAACCAAAGCGUAGGGCGCGGGAGUGGUGGCGUGAGGAGUAUGCAGAGGAGCUCACUAAGAAGCAGAAACGGCGGGCCCUUGCCAAGUCGAAGAGUGACGCUGGUGCCAUGUCUGGUAUGCAGUGGUGGGAGAGGGAUUGUGAUUUAGAGGAGAAGGGACAUUCAAGAUGGAGGAUGAUGAAAAGCUGGAGCCGGAGGAGCAGCAAUGGCAAUGCCAGCAUCAGUUCGUGGGUGGAUGGUGUGAGAAGGAGCAGCAGGGAUUGGGCCAGUGGGGAAUUUGUGCCCAAGAGUGGUGGAGCAGUGAGCAGCACACCAAGCAUGCGAGGCACGGUCUGCUAUGUGGCUCCCGAAUAUGGUGGCGGAGGGCCUCUAUCAGAGAAAUGUGACAUUUACAGCUUUGGAGUGUUGUUGUUAGUUCUUAUAUCUGGACGCCGCCCGCUCCAAAUGGCAACCUCACCAAUGUCAGAGUUUGAGAAGGCGAGUCUCAUUUCGUGGGCAAGGCAUCUUGCUCAAGUUGGCCGGUUGCUCGAUCUUGUAGACCCUGCACUGCAGGAUGUUGAUCGGGACCAAGCACUGCUAUGCAUUACAGUUGCACUCCUUUGCAUCCAGCGGUCACCAGCUCGCCGCCCAUCAAGCACAGAGGUGCUUGAUAUGCUCGCUGGUGAGGGUGAGCCACCACCUCUUCCGAUAGAGUUCUCGCCUUCGCCUCCUGGCGGGUUCCCCUUCAAGUCCCGAAGGAAAGGCCGGUGAGUUUACUUUGUUGGUUAGAUGCAAAAUGUAGUAUUAGUCUUCUGUCCGUAUGCUUGUUUCGUCUUGUACACCACUCCUAAUUCAUCUUUUUAAUUUAUUGAUGUGUAAAGAUCUUGGUGGGACAAAACAGUGGCCAAUUGGGUUCAGAUUUGACAAGAACUGUUUUGCCCCAUUAAUCAAUUAGAUUAUCAUAGUUCAGUUA